AUGUCGACUCCUCGUGGUGCCCAAAUAGCUGCUCGCCUGCUCCGUCGAGGCUCCAGAUCCUUGACUACGAAUACCUCGCCUUUCCGACAUAGACUGCCUCGGUCGAACGCUGCGAGCAACAGCCAGAUUACAAGUGCAAGUUUACAUACCCGUUCGCGACACCAUGCGCAGGCUACGGCUCGUCAAGAGCAGGUUGUAUGGGAGCCUGCCGAACCAUCCAACCCUGCCAUGGCAUUCCCUUGCCUCGAUGCCCAAGAACAGAAGACAGCUGCGUUGCAGAGUAGGUCUCUUGAAUCAGGGCCAGAGCCUUCCUAUACAAGCGGUACACACAUGCUCUUUCACAGCCCCACGCCAUUACUAUUGGACUGGGGUGGCAUUCUACCAGAAUUCGAUAUCGCACAUGAAACAUGGGGCACUUUAAAUGCAGACAAGACCAACGCCAUUUUGUUGCAUACUGGCUUGUCAGCAUCUAGCCAUGCGCACAGCACCGAAACAAACCCGAAGCCAGGCUGGUGGGAAAAGUUCAUUGGGCCCGGGGCUCCAGUUGACACUGACAAGUAUUUUGUUAUUUGCACCAAUGUGAUAGGAGGAUGCUUUGGCUCGACGGGGCCUUCAUCGAUUGAUCCUUCUGACGGUCAGAGAUAUGCAACCAGAUUUCCCAUCUUGACCAUGGACGACAUGGUGCGGGCACAAGCAAGAUUGUUGGACGGUUUAGGAAUCAAGAAGCUCUAUGCAAGUGUUGGUGCAAGUAUGGGGGGCAUGCAAAGUUUGGCUUUUGGCGUGCACUUUCCCGAUAGGGUAGGGAAGAUUGUCAGUAUUUCUGGGUGUGCUAGAAGUCAUCCGUACAGCAUCGCCAUGAGGCAUACCCAACGACAGGUCUUGAUGAUGGACCCCAAAUGGAACAGGGGAUUCUACUACGACAGUAUUCCGCCCCAUUCUGGAAUGAAACUUGCUCGUGAGAUAGCCACGGUCACCUAUCGAAGUGGCCCCGAAUGGGAGAACAGAUUUGGACGUCGACGAGCAGACCCUAGCAAGCAGCCUGCAUUGUGUCCGGAUUUCCUUAUCGAAACAUACCUUGAUCAUGCAGGCGAGAAGUUUUCGCUGGAGUACGACCCCAACUCACUGUUAUAUGUGUCCAAAGCCAUGGAUCUUUUUGACCUCGGAUUUGCCCAUCAAGAGCAGACCAAGCUACGCCGCCAGGAGAACCUGGAAAAGUUGAAGGAACACCCCGACACGCCGAUUCGGAACGAUCUAUCCUGUAGCCUUACCCUACCAUCCAAAAACUACGAAGAGCAAGAAUCAACGGCUCCCAUGGAUGAGGCGACUGGUUCAGCUAGUACCAACCCACCUCAAGACCUGGUCAGGGGUAUGGCUUCUUUACGGUCUCAUCCUGUGCUUGUGAUGGGAGUAGCCAGCGAUAUCCUCUUUCCGGCCUGGCAGCAACGUGAGAUCGCCGAAACUUUGCGUGCCACGGGAAAUCACCAAGUGACCCAUGUUGAGCUCGGAGAAGACCUCAGUCUGUUUGGUCACGACACUUUCCUUCUCGAUCUCGAGAAUAUUGGUGGUAAUCUCGCGAUUUUCCUGUCAUAA